ACGAAGGACGUGAGACAGCUGUUCCUAUAAAUAACCUUAACCCUCUUACCUACCACGAGACCCUCGUGCCUUGUUCCUGCCUCACCACAGCAAGCCUCGUCCCAAACAAAAUCACAACACCCCGACAGACAGCAACAGAGGAUAUCAACAAGGAAGCAAACGGAGGAGGCAAAACACUGACACACAGAGCUGUUUGACAGCAGCUCCCAACAAGAAAGUUGGUACGACAAGCAGGGGGAAAAAACCUGGAAACAUGAAGUCCCUGCGAUUCCUUGCUGCUGAGGGUUUCAUCCAGACUGGUCCAACCGCUCUGGAAAACCUCAGCUAUGUGUCUUUUAAUCUCUACCCGCUUCUCUUCAAGGCGUGCUACCUCCAUGAGCAGGCUGACUUGCUGCGUGCUCUGGUCCAAAUGUGGCCUCUUUCCGAGCUCAACGUACAAAGGCUCCUGGGAAAGACGGUGGACUGUCAGAUAGACCUCACCUCACGCACCUGCCGGCUUUGUUUGAAGGCAGUUCUGACCGGCUUAAAGGAUUAUGUACUGUCUCCUCCAAGAACUUAUGCCAAGUGCCUCCGUGUGGUGGACCUCACUGCCCUGAAAGACAUCGAGCACCAGGACUGCCCCUGCAGGUCCACCCUGGGUCGAUGGGCAAGAACCCAGCUCCUGACCCAAAUGUGCUAUGAGACCAUGGUGGCCAUGCAAGCCAGCGAUGUGCCCCAAUCUGCCUGCGAAACAUCUAUUGAUGUCCGCCUGAAUGGUUUUGUCACAGGCCGCAACUAUGAGCCUGUGGCUCAGGCCUUCCUCCUCCUCCGCUGUUGUCCACUGAAGCUUCGUUUUGCUAGUUUUCGGGCUGAUUCCCUCGCUCUCAAGCAGCUCUUCUAUGUUCUUCGUCUAGCAGAACCCGAGUCAAUCACAAAGCUGGAGAUGGUCCACAGUGUUCCCCUGGAGGCCCCACACCUGGAGGUGCUUCUGUCCAGGGUGGAAUUCCCUAAAUUACAGUCUCUGACCCUGCCAGCUGGGGCGUUGGAUGUUAGGAGGUUGGGUUCGGAUGAUGAUCUGCUGGCCACCAUUGGCAAUCUGCUGGCACAGCUGAGCAGCCUGACUGAGCUCUGUGUGGGAUUCUCCACUCUUACUGGACAUCUACGCAGAUUGCUGUAUCCUCUCAACACUCCUCUGCAGUGCUUGGAGUUGGCCAACUGCUGCCUUAACCGCGUGGACAUGACGUACCUGGCCAACAGCCUCCACAGUGAGGCCCUGGUCCGCCUGGACAUCAGCGGACAUGACAUCUUCGGCUCUUUCUCCAACUCUUUCCACAAACUGCUCAGCCGUUGUUCAGCCACAUUGACCAGCCUGGCCCUUGAAGAAUGUAACAUCGAGGACGAGCACAUGGACAGUUUCACUAAUGCUCUGGCCUGCUGUCAGGUGCUGGAGGAACUCAAACUCCUGGGAAACCCUCUAACCUCUGCAGCCUUGCGGAGGUUAUUCUCCAUGCUAUCUGCAGGCUUUCCUAACUUAAGGUAUAUAGAGGUACCAGUUCCCCGUGAGUGUUACUCUGAGGAUGUUAGUUAUCCUCUUGAAGAUUCAGCCCUACUGCUUUACAACAGGGAUCUGUUUCAGGAGGUCAGGGGCCAGCUGAUGGCCAUCCUGGAAGGUGCUGGUAGGGGGAGCGUGGAGGUGUGCACCCCACUCAUGGGGGCCUAUGAUCCAGACAUUAACGAAACCAGCAACGAGCUGGGAGUAUCUAUGUUGAAGUCUUUUAACAAUGUCAUUGGGAACUUUAUAAAUACCAUAAAUGACGUGGAUGACAGGAGAUCUCAGGCUCAGAAACCUAAUUAAUGAGGUUGCCUCUAGAAGGAUCAAGUGAAUAGACUGACAGAAAAGGGUCAUAUUUAAUUUAGUUAUAGUGCUAGUAUAGUUUGCUAGCAAACUGUCAUCACUGAAGGCUAACGCUUUGAAAAUAAAUUUCAUGAACUAGAUUUGUUUGACUAAACGUUAACAUCAACAUACAGGAAUUCGAUUCCUGACCACAUACUAUCUCAACAAAGGAUCAUUAUUUUCUUCCCAGUAACUCCUACAGUCUGAAAGCCACAAACAUUUGCAGUGCAGACAGAUGUAGCUACUGUAGUGGUUAAGGUAGAAACUUGAAGUUUGCCUAAAAUAUUUUGUUACCUAAAUCUAUUUUAUGUGUUCUUAUGUCUAUAUGCUGUUUUAAAUGUUGUAUAUAACUGGAUUUGUAAAAGGUAAACGUCACAAUUUUGCAAUAUGGGGAAGAUCCCAUUUUAACAGGUGUACACAUGUGAUUGGUUCAUUCA